AUGGACUCAGGCGGUGGUCAACGCUUUUUGAUGGAGCGUAUUUUGAACCACCGCGACGUAUAUGGCGUCCGGACGAGUUACCUCGUCCACUGGCGUGGCUAUCCACCGGAGUGGGACAGCUGGGAGUCUCGUGUUAGGCUGAUUGUUGAUGUCCUGGGUCUCGUCGAGCAGUAUGACGAGACCCACCCGCUGCGUUCAAAAAAGGUCCGUCGGAAAACGACCUCCCCGAACGCGAGUACAUGA